CCAAACAAGAACUAAUUGUGACCCCAAAAAUGAAAAACUAAUCAGAACAAGAUCUGAAAGCAAAGACACAGUGGUGGGUUUCUUGUCCUGCGUCAUGUGACUGAUCAUGUGCGUCUGUUUUAGGCUCCUAACACGCUUGCUUCAGAUUCCUAAGUAUUAUUCUGUUCAUUUCUUCUAAAGCAAACCUUUUCAUUUCCAAGGUCGACACAGACCCCAGCAAUCUGCUAUUCGUUUCUUGUACUUGAGAAAUGCGUCUUUAAAGGAUUGGCAUUGCUUUGUAGUCAUGGCUGGGGAAAUAGAAGAACCCUUUAGUUUUAGCUUUCAGGCAGAUUCUAUACAUUCCGGCUCGAUAUCAUUUGGGAGGUUCGAAAAUGAAGGCUUGUCUUGGGAAAGGAGGUCUGCUUUCUCACAUAACAGAUAUGUUGAAGAAGUUGAGAAAUGCAUGAAACCAGGUUCAGUUAUUGAAAGGAAAGCUUAUUUUGAAGCUCAUUUUAAGAAGAAGGGUUUUCCCAGACCAAAUUUAGCCGAGUGUUACAGUGGCACGGACUAUAGAGUCUGCGGAAAUGAUGUAUCUGAGUGUGAUGAUGCUUACAGAGAAGAAUGUGAACUUGAAAAUGAAGAGAAUAGUUAUGCUGAAUCUGAUGAGAGGUCAGAGGAUUCUGUCACAUCUGUGUAUCUUGGAGACUUUGAAGUCACAGAAUGUGAAAAAGAAGAUCCUGAACUUUCAUCAUCUGACACUCAGAGGGCGCCUGCAUUGAAUCAUAUUGCUAUUUUGGUGGAUGGUGCAGUUGAAGAUGUUAAUUUUGAGGAACUGCAUCAACCCGAGGAAGGUUGUGAAAACUCAUCGAUUGUUGAGGAACUGGAGAGAAAUGUAAACGAGAAUCGCAAUGGUGAUGCAGAGAAUUCUGAGGAGCCAUCUAAGAAGUCUGUUAAUAUAUGUUCAAAGACUGAACCAGCUGAGUGUGUUGACAAAACCAUUGUGGAAAGUGGCAAAAGUACUUCUUCAAAGUUGAAGGCUGUACAAGAGUCCAAAUUUGUAAAGCCUAAGGCCAGCAUAUCUCAGGUCCAGAGAGGCAAUUGCGCUAAGGCAUCUGGUAAACAUCCUAUACAGAAUUUCAAUACUAGACAAAGAGAGCGUACACGAAACAUGAUUAAAGAAAAGCUCCCAUCAAAAACUGCAACGCCAACUACGCAAUCUGUAUGCAGGACUCCAAAGUUAGAGGACUCCAUGAAGGGAAAAUCUUCCAUUAUUGAGAGUAAAAGUGAUAGAGUGUCAUCGAGUAAGAAGCUUGGUGAACCUCAACCUUCUGCAUUCAACCCUGAAUCCAGAGGACGCCAGAUGACAAACAGGAUUAGUAACAGAGCCAAUGUGACCAAGUCUGAUGGAUCAACUGCUACAACUUUCAAAUUCAAAAGUUCUGAGCGAGCAGAAAAGAGGAAAGAGUUCGUUAUGAGGUUGGAAGAAAAAAUGCACGCUAAGGAAGAUGAAAUGAACAAGGUCCAAGCAAGAAAACAGGAAAAGACAGAAGCUGAGAUGAAGCAAUUCCGGAAAGCCCUCAACUUCAAAGCAUCACCAAUGCCUUCUUUCUACAACGCAGCUACAGCUUCGAGGCCAGAUGGGAGCAAGAUUGCCUCAGCCAAGUCCUCUAAAGUAGAAAAAAGCCGAGGUAACGCUAAUGCUGUAAGAUUGACAUCACCUUCAGAGUCAGGAAAGAGUGAAGCUGCCACAGGAGAAACUAAAUGCACCAUGGAUGAGGCCUUUGUUACAAAAACUGAAGUCACUACUGUGCGGAGGAGUCAAGUAUUUGAAAGCAGGAAGGUGGUGAAAAAUGAGAAACAUGUGGGGAAGCCGAAAGUGGGAGCCGAAAGAAAUAGCAGAGAGAUGUUAAGGAAGGGUACUAUGAAAGGUGUUGGCUUUGGAAGCAGUUCCAGAAUGAGUCAUCUAGCAGUUGGUGUUGCUUCGUGAAUGAAGCUCAAAGGGAGUCAAGGCACCCUUCUCUAUAUGUGCUUCAAUUUCUGGUGUUCUGUGACAAAUCUUCAAGGUUCAAAAUCAAAAUGUUGCUGCAAGAACUUGCCUAGCUUUGUAU